AUGAAUUCAGAGUCGGAACCAGAUAUAUGUGGUUGGGAAGUUAAAUACAACAAACAACGCGAAUUCACCGACAGACUUAUGACUUUGUUGUACUCCUCAAGAUCGUUUCGAAACAAUGUUUUUCCCACGGUCGAAGAAGAAAAUAAUGAAUGUGACAAGAUGAAUCAAUGCAAGUGUGAAACCGAACUUGAAGAAAAAAAAAACACAAUUAAAAAAUUAACAACGGAUUUGAAAUGUAAAGAAGACGAACUUUGUAAUGUACGCAAGGAACUUAAUAACUUAUAUAGUCGAUCAAGGGAAAUGGAACUUCAAGGUAUAAAGUCGAAAGAAAUGAAAGAUCAACAGAAACGGGAACAAGAAAUGUUAUCGGUAAAAUUUAAGACUGUAUGUAAAAAAUUACAUGAAACCAACAUUGCAUUUAAUGAAGCCAAAAUGAUAAUAAAAAACAAUAUAUCGCAUAUUUAUAAAACAGUUUCGGCAAUAUCAGAAGUUACAGAAGAAACUGAACAAAACAAAAUUACACUCGAAAUGCAAAAACUAAAAGAUGAAAAACUAUAUUACAUGGCCAGAAAGAUCAAAGAACUUCAGCGAGAAAACGAUUGUAAUGUUUUGAAGAUCAGUAAGCAGAGAAAACAGUUGCAAGAAUUUCGCGACAAAUACAUGCAAAAUCAUGAUUGUUUUUGUUUAGAAAAAAAAUUUUGCCACGUUCUCCAAACACUAGCGAACAAAUCUAACAGUGUUAUCAGUUUAAAUAAAUAG